CGGCGGCGGAGACCAUGAACGGCGCGAAAGGCGAGCAGGAGCACAGCCCGGCCGAGCCGAACCUGCAGGAGGAAGAGGUACGAACACUUUUUGUCAGUGGCCUUCCUCUGGACAUCAAACCCCGGGAGCUCUAUCUCUUGUUCAGACCUUUCAAGGGUUAUGAAGGCUCUCUUAUUAAACUCACAUCUAAGCAGCCUGUGGGCUUCGUUAGUUUCGACAGUCGCUCAGAAGCAGAAGCUGCUAAGAAUGCUUUGAAUGGAAUUCGCUUUGACCCAGAAAUCCCUCAGACGCUCCGACUAGAGUUCGCUAAGGCAAAUACGAAGAUGGCUAAGAGCAAAUUAGUGGGAACGCCAAAUCCAAGCACUCCUGCCACCCCUAACACUGUACCUCAGUUCAUUACCAGGGAGCCAUAUGAGCUCACAGUGCCUGCACUUUACCCCAGUAGCCCUGAAGUGUGGGCGCCGUACCCUCUCUACCCAGCGGAGUUAGCACCUGCUCUACCUCCGCCUGCUUUCACCUACCCUGCUUCACUGCAUGCCCAGAUGCGCUGGCUCCCUCCCUCAGAGGCUACUUCUCAGGGUUGGAAGUCCCGUCAGUUCUGCUGAAUACUGUGUACCAGGUGUGUGAUGGCGGCUACAAUCUGUCUUGUGGGUAUUAAUGCAUUCUUCCUAAGUCGCUACUGGUAUCUUACCUUCAUCUUCAAAGUUACAGUGUGGUGGGUAAGUCAAGGCCCAGUCAUGAAAAUAACCUUUAAUUUGGAUGAGCUGAACAGUCUUAAUAGC